AUAAAGUUAAAGUUGAUUAGUGGGGGAAAGCUGGUUCUAGUUGAGAUGCUGAACUGACUCAACUCAAACAAACAGUUAAAUUAAUCAACCACUUAAAAUUCUCGUAGCAAAAUUAUUAUUUUCUCUUCCUUACAUCUAUGGGUUUACCUUCUCUCCUUCUUGUUUUAAUUCCUCUGCUGACAUCAUUUGCUGUUUGCCAACCUGAAGAGUUUGUGAGCAUUGAUUGUGGUGGAUCAAACAAUUACACUGAUAACAGCACGGGUUUGGCAUGGAUCUCAGACUCUGGGAUCAUGGAACAUGGCAUUUCAGUGGAAGUGCAAAGUCCAAAUGCAAGCAUGGUGCAAUAUCAAAAGAGGAGAGAGUUUCCCAUAGACACCAAGAAGUACUGUUACACGCUGAGCACAGAGGAGAGAAGAAGGUACUUGGUGAGAGCAACUUUUCAUUAUGGAAGCUUGGAGAGUGGGGACACUUACCCUCAGUUUCAGCUCUACUUGGAUGCAACCAAGUGGGCUACUGUGUCAGUAUAUGAUGCCUCAAGAAUAUAUGUUAAGGAAAUGAUAAUCAGGGCACCCUCAAAUUCUAUUGAUGUAUGUGUGUGCUGUGCUACUACUGGUUCUCCCUUCAUUUCCACUCUUGAGUUGCGACCCUUCAAUCUUUCAAUGUAUGCCACGGAUUUUGAAGACAAUUUCUUCUUAGAAGUUGCUGCAAGAAUAAAUUUUGGCGCACCAACUGAAGAUGCUGUCAGGUACCCGGAUGAUCCAUAUGAUAGAAUUUGGGAUUCUGAUCUAAUUAGAAGGCAAAAUUACCUUGUUGGAGUAGCCCCAGGCACAGAAAGGAUUGGCACUACAAAGAACAUAGAUGUAGAGACAAGAGAAUACCCACCUGUUAAAGUAAUGCAAACUGCAGUAGUUGGCAGAAAAGGAGUGCUCAGCUACAGAUUGAACCUGGAAGACUUCCCUGCCAAUGCUCGAGCUUAUGCAUAUUUUGCAGAGAUUGAAGAUUUGGACAAGAAUGAGAGUCGAAAAUUCAAAUUAAAGCAACCUUAUAUAGCUGACUAUAGCAAUGCAGUGGUCAACAUUGCUGAGAAUGCCAAUGGGAGCUACACUUUAUAUGAACCGAGUUAUAUGAAUGUUACUCUAGAAUUUGUUUUAUCAUUCUCCUUUGUUAUGACCCCAGAUUCUACCCGAGGACCUCUUCUGAAUGCACUGGAAAUAAGCAAAUAUGUAGAGAUUGCUUCAAAGACAGACAAACAAGACUCCACCGUCGUAAAUGCAUUUCGGUUAUUGUCUGAUGAAAGUUCCCAGACAAAUGAAGGUGAUCCUUGUGUUCCAACUCCUUGGGAAUGGGUGAAUUGUAGUACCACCACACCGCCAAGAAUAACAAAAAUAAUUCUUUCAAGAAGGAAUGUGAAAGGUGAAAUCCCACCUGAGCUUGGCAACAUGGAAGCACUGACAGAGCUGUGGUUAGAUGGAAACCUGCUUACUGGACCAUUACCUGACAUGAGCAAACUGAUAAGUCUAAAGAUUGUGCACUUAGAGAACAACAAGUUGUCUGGUCGAUUAUCGUCUUACCUUGGUAGUUUGCCAAGCUUACAAGCACUGUUCAUACAGAAUAACUCAUUUAGUGGGGAAAUACCGGCUGGAUUAGUUUCUGAAAAAAUUGUUUUCAGCUUUGAAGGUAAUCCUGGACUAUACAGAGGGAACAAGAAGCAUUUUAAGAUGGUGGUGGGAAUUUCAAUUGGAGUACUAGUGAUCCUGUUAAUAUUAUUCUUGGUAAGUUUGGUGCUAUUGCUCAAUACGCGGAGAAAGGCAUCUCAAAAGAAACGUGAGGAAAAAGGUAUUUCUGGACGCACUAACAGUAGACCUUUAACUGGAUACUCAUUUCUUCGGGGUGGAUGUUUGAUGGAUGAAAACACUACUUGCCAUAUUACACUCUCAGAGUUGAAAGAAGCUACUGACAAUUUUUCAGAGAAAAUUGGCAAAGGAAGCUUUGGAUCUGUUUACUAUGGGAAAAUGAGAGAUGGAAAAGAAAUUGCAGUUAAGAGCAUGAGUGAAUCGUCCUGCCAUGGGAACCAGCAAUUUGUUAACGAGGUGGCCCUCUUAUCGAGAAUUCAUCACAGAAAUUUGGUUCCCUUGAUUGGAUAUUGUGAAGAAGAAUGUCAACAUAUUCUGGUCUACGAGUAUAUGCACAAUGGCACUUUACGGGAUCACAUUCAUGAGAGUUCCAAGAAGAAGAACUUGGACUGGUUAGCUCGUCUUCGUAUUGCAGAAGAUGCAGCUAAAGGUCUUGAAUACUUACACACAGGAUGCAAUCCUAGCAUCAUUCACCGUGAUAUAAAGACAGGUAACAUUCUUUUAGAUAUAAAUAUGAGAGCAAAAGUAUCAGACUUUGGACUCUCUAGGCUAGCUGAAGAAGAUUUAACCCAUGUAUCAAGCAUUGCAAGAGGAACUGUCGGCUACUUGGAUCCUGAGUACUAUGCAAGCCAGCAAUUGACAGAAAAGAGUGACGUAUACAGUUUUGGAGUUGUUCUGCUGGAAUUGAUAUCUGGAAAGAAACCUGUGUCAUCUGAAGAUUACGGUGCUGAAAUGAACAUUGUUCAAUGGGCUAGAUCAUUAACUCGUAAAGGAGAUGCCAUGAGCAUCAUUGAUCCUUCUUUGAAUGGGAAUGCUAAAACUGAGUCCAUUUGGAGGAUGGUUGAAAUAGCCAUGCAAUGUGUGGAACACCAUGGUGCCUCAAGGCCAAGGAUGCAAGAAAUCAUUUUGGCUAUACAAGAUGCUAUCAAGAUAGAACAAGGAACAGAAAAUAAGCUAAAAUCACCAGCAUCAUCAUCAUCAUUUUCAGGUAGCAGCACUUCAAAGCCACACUCUUCACGCAAGACUUUACUCACAAACUUUCUUGAAAUUCAGAGCCCUGACGUUUCAAAUGGUUGCCUCCCAUCAGCAAGAUAAAUUACACCAACCUUAUAUUCCAUUUUCUUUCUGUACUUACUUCUUUUUAACCAUUAUUAUUAUUAUUAUUAUUAUUAUUCUACAA